CAUAAAAAUAAAUCUCAAGCUCAAGGUAAAAUUGGUACUCAUCAAUGGCAAAUAUGAGAUCUUCAAUUCUUCCAAUCCAAUCUCAUUACAAUUUGAAGAGCAAACUAUUCGAUCUCGGGAUCAAGAUUACUCUGACAAAGUGGAAAACAUAAGAUUUACACAGAAAUUUUUGGCAAUAAGAUUUUUUAGGAGCUCGAUUCCACUGUCAUAUUAGACCAAUGAAUUGGUUGAGUUUCUAACAUCUUAGAGACAAUUUGAUUCUCAUGUCGUCAGACGAUAUUUGGAUAUAUCAAGAAAUUCAUUCUUUAAAGAAGUUUGCAAUUCAAAUUCAUGUAUGAACAACUCAAGUAUUAGCCACAACAAGUUGUAAUAUGAAAGUUUUGACAAAUUUUUUAUUGAGAAUGCUUGUAAAACGCAUACCAUGCUACAUAACAUGACACCUAUAUGCAUUUUCUAUUUUAAACUACAUAAAUAAGUAAUUCAAUUUUAUUUGAAAACUAUAUCAUCGAUGUUAAAUAAAUGAGAUAUCCUACCUUGAAAACUAAUAAGAGACAGAUUGCAUAAUUAUAAUUGAGAUAAAAUAAUUUGAUAAGACUAAACAACCCUUUCGUACUCUGCGCAUUAGACAAGAAAAAUUGAUUGGGGUGGGUGCUGAAAGGAUUUGGAUUUGGAGGAUGAGGAGGACAAACCAUUUCACUGGACCUGCAUUUAUAUAUGCGCGCGUGUUUUGUAAUCCCCAUGACACGAAUGAAAGCCACGCGGGUUUAGUGGUUUUGUCUCUUAUCUUCUGAUUCUUCACCCAAUCAAAUCAAUAAGGGGAUUAGGGUUCGCAGCUCCGAUUGACGAUUGAGAAUAGUGAGAAUCGCCAUUGUUCUUCCUUCGUCUCUGUAGAGGAUCCUGUGCUUUCGCCCGUUGUUUUCCUCGGUGCCUCAGUCGCCCUUUUUUGGUAUUUGCACGUAAUCGUCUCAUUAUCGAAAUCGUCGUUGGAUUCAGUUAAUCGCCGUUCCCGCUAGGUAAUUGUUUGUCGUCGUAAUUUGAGAUAGCGAAUGAACCCUAGGUUUAGAAAACGAAAUUGCUUUUUACAUCUAGUUUGACUCAACAGUGUUGAUUGUUGGAUAUCAUCCUCAGGACUUUUUGGGUUUAUGUUGUUGUUUUUGAGAAAGAUGUGAAUGGGUCAGAGAAUAAGCGAGCGGAGGAGAGCAGGAAGGGAUAAGUAUGAUAUUGUUUGGUUGAAACGAUUUGUUUAUUGCUUGUUGUUGUAGGAAUUAGACAUGGGAAAGAGGAAGUCAAAGGCAAAGCCACCACCUAAGAAGAGAAUGGACAAGCUGGACACUGUGUUCAGUUGUCCCUUCUGCAAUCAUGGAACAAGUGUCGAGUGCCGCAUUGAUAUGAAGAACAUGAUCGGUGAAGCUUCGUGUGGUAUCUGUCAAGAGAGUUUCAGCACCACUAUCACAGCUUUGACUGAGCCGAUUGAUGUAUACAGCGAAUGGAUUGAUGAGUGUGAACGAGUCAACAAUCCUGACGAUGAUGGUGCCUGAAGGGCAGGCAAGUACUACUGCUGGAACUAUGUUUGGCUUUCACCAAGGGCAGCAGGCAUUUGAACCUUGCUUGCUAGGGCCUGAAUAUUUUGUUGUAAGCUUGUAACUAUGGUGGUAGCUCUUUGCUGGCAUAGGGAUGCAGAUGAAUAUGCCUUGUGGUAGCCUCUCAUUUUGGGUUACAUAUUAUAUAUACUAGAAUCAAUACCCACGGCUACGCCGCGGGUACUUAAGUUGCUGCAAUAUCAUAUUCUAAUUAGUAGUGAGGAGGCUUGGCAAUUUAGAGGAAUGUGUCCAACUAACUCAAUCAAUUAAUUGUAUCCUUUACG